AUGGCAGUUGAUGACAGCAAUUUAUAUUCCAGAACGAAGAACAAACUAAAUUCGUCUCAAAAUGAUCAUAAAUCAUCAAGACGGAGCAGCCUGCCACCCGAACUGCUCAUAGGAAAUGACAUUAGAGGAAGACUUCAAAGGAACAUUAAGAACUUGGAUCCCAUUCAACUGAGACGCCCAAAGAAGAGACCAUCCAUAUUUCCAGCGUCUCCAGUUGGCAACGGUUAUAUCAAGCCUCCAGUUCCGCCUGCUUCAGGCACGCACAGGGAGAAAGGUCCGCCAACCAUGUUACCCAUCAACGUGGACCCAGACAGCAAACCAGGAGAAUAUGUCCUCAAGAGUUUAUUUGUCAACUUCACCACUCAGGCUGAGCGCAAGAUUCGCAUCAUUAUGGCAGAACCCCUGGAAAAGCCAUUGACAAAAUCUCUGCAACGUGGAGAAGACCCCCAAUUUGAUCAAGUCAUCAGCUCCAUGAGCUCCCUCUCUGAGUACUGCUUGCCUUCUAUUCUGCGUACCUUGUUUGACUGGUAUAAAAGGCAAAAUGGAAUUGAGGAUGAAUCACAUGAAUACAGACCACGAACAAGUAAUAAAUCAAAAAGUGAUGAACAACAGCGAGAUUAUUUGAUGGAAAGACGGGACCUUGCCAUUGAUUUUAUUUUUUCUUUAGUAUUAAUAGAAGUUUUGAAACAGAUUCCACUUCAUCCUGUAAUAGACAGUUUAAUACAUGAUGUUAUUAACUUGGCUUUCAAGCACUUUAAAUACAAAGAAGGGUACCUUGGUCCUAACACUGGCAAUAUGCACAUUGUGGCAGACCUAUAUGCAGAAGUUAUCGGAGUGUUGGCACAAGCCAAAUUCCCUGCUGUAAAGAAGAAAUUUAUGGCAGAGCUAAAAGAAUUACGGCACAAAGAGCAGAGCCCAUAUGUGGUUCAAAGCAUUAUCAGCUUGAUAAUGGGGAUGAAAUUCUUUCGAAUUAAGAUGUAUCCAGUGGAGGAUUUUGAGGCCUCUCUUCAGUUUAUGCAGGAAUGUGCACACUAUUUCCUCGAGGUCAAAGACAAAGAUAUCAAGCAUGCCUUGGCUGGCCUUUUUGUUGAAAUCCUUGUUCCAGUCGCUGCUGCUGUUAAAAAUGAAGUAAAUGUUCCCUGCCUUAGAAAUUUUGUGGAAAGCCUAUAUGACACCACGUUGGAACUUUCUUCUCGAAAGAAGCAUUCCUUGGCCUUGUACCCCCUGGUGACCUGCCUACUCUGUGUCAGUCAGAAGCAGCUGUUCCUGAACAGGUGGCACGUCUUCCUCAACAACUGCUUAUCUAACCUUAAAAAUAAAGACCCUAAGAUGGCUCGGGUUGCGCUGGAAUCUCUCUACAGAUUACUUUGGGUUUACAUGAUUCGAAUUAAAUGUGAAAGCAACACAGCUACUCAGAGCCGACUUAUAACCAUCAUCACAACACUUUUCCCCAAAGGGUCCCGCGGUGUGGUGCCCAGGGAUAUGCCUCUGAACAUCUUUGUGAAAAUCAUCCAGUUCAUUGCCCAGGAACGUUUAGAUUUUGCUAUGAAAGAAAUCAUUUUUGAUUUUCUUUGUGUGGGAAAACCAGCAAAAGCUUUCAGUCUCAAUCCAGAGAGAAUGAACAUUGGUUUACGGGCAUUCUUGGUCAUAGCUGACAGCUUGCAGCAGAAGGAUGGGGAACCUCCCAUGCCAGUUACAGGAGCCGUUCUCCCUUCAGGAAACACACUAAGAGUAAAGAAAACAUAUUUGAGUAAAACGCUAACUGAAGAGGAAGCCAAAAUGAUAGGCAUGUCCUUAUAUUACUCUCAAGUACGAAAAGCUGUGGACAAUAUUUUAAGGCACCUUGAUAAAGAAGUAGGGCGGUGUAUGAUGCUGACUAAUGUCCAGAUGUUAAACAAAGAACCCGAAGACAUGAUCACAGGUGAGAGAAAGCCAAAAAUAGAUCUUUUCAGGACCUGUGUUGCCGCUAUUCCCCGACUGCUUCCUGAUGGGAUGUCCAAACUUGAACUCAUUGACUUGCUGGCUAGACUCUCCAUUCAUAUGGAUGAUGAACUGCGACAUAUUGCACAAAAUUCCCUUCAGGGUUUGCUUGUUGACUUCUCAGACUGGAGAGAAGAUGUGCUGUUUGGCUUUACCAACUUCUUGCUGCGGGAAGUAAAUGACAUGCAUCACACACUCCUCGAUUCGUCCCUGAAGUUGCUGCUGCAGCUGCUCACUCAGUGGAAACUGGUCAUACAAACACAAGGAAAAGUCUACGAGCAAGCCAACAAAAUCAGAAAUUCAGAGCUAAUUCCCAAUGGCUCAAGCCACAGAAUUCAGUCGGAACGAGGUCCCCACUGCAGUGUCCUCCAUGCUGUAGAAGGGUUUGCUCUGGUUUUACUCUGCAGUUUCCAAGUGGCCACACGUAAACUAUCCGUCUUAAUACUCAAGGAAAUUCGAGCUUUGUUUCUUGCCCUGGGUCAGCCUGAGGACGACGACAGGCCCAUGAUUGAUGUCAUGGAUCAGCUAAGUUCUUCCAUUCUCGAAAGUUUUAUUCACGUAGCAGUUUCGGAUUCAGCGACGUUACCACUGACCCACAAUGUGGAUCUGCAGUGGUUGGUGGAGUGGAACGCAGUCCUGGUCAAUAGCCAUUAUGAUGUGAAGAGCCCUUCUCAUGUCUGGAUAUUCGCACAGUCUGUCAAAGACCCGUGGGUCCUCUGCCUCUUCAGUUUCCUCCGGCAGGAGAACUUGCCCAAACACUGCCCCACGGCCCUCAGCUACGCCUGGCCUUAUGCCUUCACUCGGCUCCAGUCAGUGAUGCCUCUGGUGGACCCAAAUAGCCCAAUUAAUGCCAAGAAAACCAGCACUGCCGGCAGCGGAGACAACUAUGUUACCUUGUGGAGAAAUUACCUUAUUCUUUGUUUUGGAGUUGCAAAACCCAGUAUAAUGAGCCCAGGACACUUAAGAGCUUCCACUCCAGAAAUAAUGGCGACCACACCUGAUGGUACAGUGAGCUACGAUAACAAGGCCAUAGGCACCGCUUCGGUGGGAGUUCUGUUAAAGCAGCUGGUGCCUUUGAUGAGGCUAGAGAGCAUUGAGAUCACAGAGUCCUUGGUUUUAGGAUUCGGAAGAACAAAUUCCCUUGUUUUCAGAGAAUUGGUAGAAGAACUUCAUCCGUUAAUGAAAGAAGCUCUGGAACGAAGACCGGAGAACAAAAAACGCAGAGAACGCAGAGACUUGUUAAGGCUACAACUACUUCGAAUUUUUGAACUUCUGGCUGAUGCUGGUGUAAUAAGUGACAGCACAAACGGAGCCUUAGAACGGGAUACGUUAGCCCUUGGAGCUUUGUUCUUAGAAUACGUAGACUUGACCCGCAUGCUCCUAGAAGCAGAAAAUGACAAAGAAGUUGAAAUUCUUAAAGAUAUCCGGGCCCAUUUUAGUGCAAUGGUGGCCAACCUGAUCCAGUGUGUUCCAGUGCACCACCGAAGAUUUCUCUUCCCCCAGCAAAGCCUGAGGCACCAUCUUUUCAUCUUAUUUAGCCAGUGGGCAGGUCCCUUCAGCAUCAUGUUUACGCCUCUGGAUCGGUACAGUGACAGAAACCAUCAGAUUACAAGAUACCAGUACUGUGCAUUAAAGGCAAUGUCAGCAGUAUUGUGCUGUGGCCCUGUCUUCGACAAUGUAGGCCUUUCCCCAGAUGGCUACCUAUAUAAGUGGCUUGACAACAUUCUGGCUUGUCAAGAUUUACGCGUUCAUCAGCUUGGCUGCGAAGUUGUUGUCUUGCUAUUGGAACUUAAUCCUGACCAAAUCAAUCUUUUUAACUGGGCCAUUGACCGAUGCUACACGGGUUCCUACCAACUUGCAUCCGGCUGCUUCAAAGCCAUAGCGACUGUGUGUGGAAGCAGGAAUUAUCCCUUCGACAUAGUGACAUUGUUAAACCUGGUUCUAUUCAAGGCCUCUGACACCAACAGAGAGAUUUAUGAAAUCUCCAUGCAGCUGAUGCAGAUACUUGAAGCAAAGCUUUUUGUAUAUUCAAAGAAAGUCGCCGAACAAAGACCCGGCAGUAUUCUCUAUGGGACGCACGGGCCACUGCCCCCCCUCUAUAGCGUGUCACUCGCCCUCCUGUCCUGUGAACUGGCCAGGAUGUACCCUGAGCUCACGCUCCCACUCUUCUCAGAGGUAAGCCAGCGAUUCCCCACGACACACCCCAACGGACGUCAGAUCAUGCUCACCUACCUGCUGCCCUGGCUGCACAACAUUGAGCUGGUGGACAGCAGGCUCCUCCUCCCAGGGUCCAGCCCCAGCAGCCCAGAGGACGAAGUCAAAGACCGGGAAGGAGAAGUGACUGCUUCUCACGGGCUGAAAGGGAAUGGCUGGGGCUCUCCGGAAGCCACAUCACUGGUCCUGAAUAACCUCAUGUACAUGACGGCCAAGUAUGGAGAUGAAGUUCCUGGACCAGAAAUGGAAAACGCGUGGAAUGCACUAGCCAACAACGAGAAAUGGAGCAACAACCUAAGGAUCACCUUGCAGUUCCUCAUCAGCCUCUGUGGGGUCAGCAGUGACACAGUUCUCCUGCCCUAUAUUAAAAAGGUGGCAAUAUACUUGUGCCGUAAUAACACCAUUCAAACCAUGGAAGAGCUUCUCUUCGAGCUACAGCAGACAGAGCCGGUGAACCCCAUCGUCCAGCACUGCGACAACCCGCCCUUCUACCGCCUCACAGCCAGCAGCAAGGCCUCCGCCGCAGCCUCCGGAACCACCUCCAGCAGCAAUACCGUGGUUGCUGGCCAGGACAACUUCCCAGACGCCGAGGAGAGCAAGAUAUUGAAAGAAUCUGAUGAAAGGUUUAGUAAUGUCAUCAGAGCCCACACUCGCCUCGAGUCAAGAUACAGCAAUAGCUCUGGAGGAUCGUAUGAUGAGGAUAAAAAUGAUCCGAUUUCUCCCUACACGGGCUGGUUGCUGACUAUCACAGAGACCAAGCAGCCGCAGCCCUUACCAAUGCCUUGUACCGGAGGAUGCUGGGCCCCCCUGGUUGACUAUCUCCCAGAAACCAUCACUCCCCGGGGGCCACUCCACAGGUGCAAUAUUGCUGUAAUUUUUAUGACUGAGAUGGUGGUGGAUCACAGUGUAAGAGAAGACUGGGCGCUUCAUCUGCCAUUACUACUUCAUGCUGUCUUCUUAGGUUUGGACCAUUACCGGCCUGAAGUCUUUGAACACAGCAAAAAAUUGCUUCUUCACCUCUUGAUUGCCCUCUCUUGCAACAGCAAUUUUCAUUCCAUCGCUUCUGUGCUUCUGCAGACUCGAGAGAUGGGUGAAGCUAAGACUCUAACUGUUCAGCCAGCUUACCAACCUGAGUACCUCUACACAGGUGGCUUUGACUUCCUGAGAGAGGACCAGUCAUCCCCAGUGCCAGACUCAGGGCUGAGCUCCAGUUCCACCUCUUCCAGCAUCAGCCUGGGGGGCAGCAGUGGGAACCUCCCGCAGAUGACCCAGGAGGUAGAAGACGUGGACACAGCUGCUGAAACAGAUGAGAAGGCAAACAAGCUCAUUGAGUUUCUGACGACUAGGGCAUUUGGUCCACUUUGGUGCCAUGAGGACAUCACUCCCAAAAAUCAAAAUUCAAAGAGUGCUGAACAGCUCACUAAUUUUCUACGUCAUGUUGUAUCCGUAUUUAAGGAUUCCAAAUCAGGUUUCCACCUGGAGCAACACUUGAGUGAAGUUGCGUUACAGACAGCCCUCGCAAGCUCUUCCAGGCACUAUGCGGGUCGUUCCUUCCAGAUAUUCCGGGCCCUCAAGCAACCUCUGUCAGCACAUGCCUUAUCUGACCUUCUCUCGAGAUUGGUAGAAGUGAUUGGAGAACACGGGGAUGAGAUUCAGGGUUAUGUGAUGGAAGCGCUCCUCACCUUGGAGGCUGCUGUGGAUAACUUGUCCAACUGCUUGAAGAACAGUGACCUCUUAACUGUGUUGUCCCGGUCUUCAUCACCAGAUUUAAGCUCGAGCACUAAACUAACAGCCAGCAGAAAGAGCACAGGACAACUGAAUGUGAACCCUGGAACUGCCAGUGGAAAUACCGCCACCGCAGAACGAAGCCGGCAUCAAAGAAGCUUCUCUGUGCCCAAGAAGUUUGGUGUUGUUGACCGAUCCUCCGACCCACCUCGAAGUGCCACACUGGACAGAAUUCAGGCUUGUACCCAACAAGCCCUCUCCUCAAAGACCAGGAGUUCAUCCUCCUUGAAAGACAGUCUCACAGACCCAUCCCACAUCAACCAUCCCACCAACCUGCUGGCCACCAUCUUCUGGGUCACAGUGGCCUUGAUGGAGUCUGAUUUUGAGUUCGAAUACCUAAUGGCCUUGCGGCUGCUGAGUAAACUGCUGGCGCAUAUGCCACUCGAUAAAGCUGAGAACCGAGAAAAACUUGAGAAACUCCAGGCACAGCUCAAGUGGGCCGACUUCUCGGGGUUGCAGCAGCUGCUGCUGAAAGGGUUCACGUCCCUCACCACCACAGACCUGACCCUGCAACUUUUCAGUUUGCUGACGCCAGUGUCCAAAGUACCCAUGGUGGAUUCAUCCCAAGCCAUUGGGUUUCCACUGAACGUCUUAUGUCUCCUGCCCCAGCUGAUUCAGCAUUUUGAAAAUCCCAAUCAGUUCUGUAAGGAUGUAGCCGAAAGGAUCGCUCAGGUUUGUUUGGAAGAGAAGAACCCCAAACUUUCAAAUCUCGCACAUGUUAUGACGCUUUAUAAAACACACAGCUACACAAGGGACUGUGCCACAUGGGUCAAUGUGGUUUGUCGAUACCUUCAUGAAGCAUAUGCUGACAUUACCUUGAAUAUGGUUACCUACCUGGCAGAGCUGCUGGAGAAGGGCCUCCCCAGCGUGCAGCAGCCCCUGCUGCAGGUGAUCCACAGUCUGCUCAGCUACAUGGACCUUUCCGGCGUCCCUGUCAAACAAUUUAAUGUGGAAGUGCUGAAGACCAUUGAAAAAUAUGUGCAAAGUAUUCACUGGAGAGAAGCUUUGAACAUCUUGAAGCUGGUAGUUUCUCGAUCUGCCAGCCUCGUUCUGCCUUCCUACCAGCACGGUGACCUCUCAAAGAUAGAAAUACAUCGAGUGUGGACCAGUGCUUCUAAGGAAUUACCUGGAAAAACUCUGGACUUUCACUUUGAUAUUUCAGAGACGCCAAUCAUCGGGAGGCGGUAUGAUGAGCUGCAGAAUUCUUCUGGGCGUGAUGGGAAGCCCAGGGCCAUGGCUGUCACCCGGAGCACGUCCUCCACUUCUUCAGGCUCCAACUCCAAUGUCCUUGUUCCUGUGAGCUGGAAAAGGCCCCAGUAUUCUCAGGUGAUUUUCUCAUCGUGUGGGGAUUUGGAUCUGCUUGAGCACCAGACGAGCUUGGUGUCUUCUGAGGACGGCGCCCGAGAACAGGAGAACAUGGAUGACACAAACAGUGAACAGCAGUUUAGAGUCUUUAGAGACUUCGACUUCCUAGAUGUGGAGCUGGAGGAUGGAGAGGGGGAGAGCAUGGACAAUUUCAACUGGGGAGUGCGCAGACGUUCUCUGGACAGCCUGGACAAGUGUGAUAUGCAGAUUCUGGAGGAGCGCCAGCUCUCAGGAAGCACUCCCAGCCUCAAUAAAAUGAACCAUGAGGACUCCGAUGAGUCAUCCGAGGAGGAGGACCUCACAGCCAGCCAGAUCCUGGAGCACUCAGACCUAAUCAUGACUCUCUCCCCGUCUGAGGAGACCAAUCCCAUGGAACUGCUCACCACGGCCUGUGACUCAACCCCCGCCGACCCUCACUCCUUCAACACCAGGAUGGCUAGCUUUGAUGCUUCUUUGUCUGAUAUGAAUAAUCUGCAGAUUUCUGAGGGUUCAAAGGCAGAAGCUGUCCGGGAGGAGGAGGACACCACCGUGCAUGAAGAUGAUCUUUCCAGUUCCAUCAAUGAACUCCCGGCAGCUUUCGAAUGCAGUGACAGCUUUAGCCUGGACACGACUGAGGCGGAAGAAAAAGGCCAUCGGGCGCUGGACCAGUUUACUCUUGCAAGCUUUGGAGAAGGCGACAGGGGCGUCUCCCCGCCUCCCUCGCCCUUUUUCUCGGCCAUCCUUGCUGCCUUCCAGCCCGCGGCCUGUGACGACGCGGAGGAGGCCUGGCGCAGCCACAUCAACCAGCUCAUGUGCGACUCGGACGGCUCUUGUGCCGUGUACACCUUUCACGUGUUCUCCUCCUUGUUUAAGAAUAUUCAGAAAAGGUUCUGCUUCCUAACCUGUGAUGCAGCCAGUUACCUUGGAGAUAACCUCCGGGGAAUCGGAUCCAAAUUCGUCAGCUCUUCCCAGAUGCUCACCUCCUGUUCUGAAUGCCCUACACUCUUCGUGGAUGCCGAAACCCUCCUUUCUUGUGGACUUCUGGACAAGCUCAAGUUCAGUGUUUUAGAACUGCAAGAAUAUUUGGAUACCUACAACAACAGAAAAGAGGCUACUCUCUCCUGGCUUGCAAAUUGUAAGGCAACGUUUGCAGGAGGAUCAAGAGAUGGAGUAAUUACCUGUCAACCAGGGGACUCAGAAGAAAAGCAAUUGGAACUGUGUCAGAGGUUAUAUAAGCUGCACUUCCAGCUGCUAUUGCUUUUUCAGUCCUACUGUAAGCUCAUCGGCCAGGUGCACGAAGUUAGCUCCACGCCAGAGCUGCUGAAUAUGUCCCGGGAACUGAGUGACCUAAAGAAACACCUGAAGGAAGCCACCGCGGCCAUCGCAGCGGACCCUCUUUACGCAGAGGGCGCGUGGUCUGAGCCGUCCUUCACGUCCACCGAAGCAGCCAUCCAGUCCAUGCUGGAGUGCCUGAAGAACAACGAACUUGGCAAAGCUUUGCGGCAAAUCAGGGAAUGCAGAAGUCUGUGGCCCAAUGACAUCUUUGGAAGCAGUUCUGAUGAUGAGGUCCAGACACUACUGAAUAUUUACUUCCGUCACCAAACUCUGGGACAGACGGGUACUUAUGCACUGGUGGGGUCCAACCAGAGCCUGACCGAGAUCUGUACCAAGCUGAUGGAGCUGAACAUGGAGAUCCGGGACAUGAUCCGCAGGGCCCAGAGUUACCGAGUCCUCACGACUUUUCUUCCAGACUCCAGCGUUUCUGGCACUAGUCUCUGACAGGAGCCUCCCGUCCCCCAUGGGUUCCAAGCUGGCAGUGCUGCCAUGCUGGGGCGACGUCAUUCAGUGUCUUCUCAGCCUUCAAAAGGCUUGGACAGACUGUUCUCCCUCUUGUUACCUGUAGGGCUUUUUCUAAAGAAGAUGGCAGAACUUCCAACGUGUAGCAAUACCAUAAGAACCAAGGUAGCUUAGAGCAUCCUGGGACAGACUCCAUCCGCCAUGCUGCGUGGCACAAACGUGUUAUCGUUUUAUUCAGCAUACGCAACUCACUACUGAAGAAGUGACUUCCAUUGCAUACCAAAGCCGACGACACUGAACAGUACCUUCCUUUCUAGAAACAAUUUUAGAUUGGCAAAAGUGCAAUGUUUUCUUCACUAAAAAUAAUUUUAUAUUCUAAAACUUGUACAUUCUUUCCCUUUCUUCUUCCUUUUUUCUUUUUUUUUUUUUUCCUUUCUUUGGUGGGCUAGGAAAGAGGCAGGCAGAAUGAAGCUGGCCACUGAAAAUUGUAAGAUGGUCAGAAGCUGACAGCCUGUAUAUGUGAAAAGGGAAUUGUAAAUGGACUACAAUUUAAUGUACACUGUAAUUUGAAUACAAUUACUGUAUCUAAAAGGAGCUGCUAUGAAAUACCUUUCUUAUGUUGCUAGGCUACUGUUUCUGAAGGCCCUGGAUCUCUUUGCACCAAAAAUGGUCCAGAUAGACUCUUUUUAAGGAUCUUGGCUGCUUUUUACUAGAAGGUUGCUUUUUUGAGCAUAUUUAUACUACAGAAGGAUGAGUGUUAAUUUUAAUUAACUUUGCCAUUUUGUAGAGAAAAAUUAUCCACAAUAUAAAUUCCAAGUCUCUUCACCUGUCACGCAUGCAUAUUUUACUAUAAUAUCCAUUUGGAUAGCCAGAAGUAGAAUCAUAAAGGUAAAAUAUGAGUUGUCACUUUGUUUCUAAGAAAUGUCAUAUUUUAUUUGUAAUAUAUAUGUAAAGGGCCAUUCUUAAGUUCUCUCCUUAAACUUAAUGCUGUCAAGUGUCAGCUGUGUGCAUGUGACCUUGUUGCACAUCAGAAACAUAUUCAAAGUUUAUCUGUGUAACUUAUUCACUCUGUAAAUACAUUUAAAGUUUUUGUGAUGUAACCUUACUUGAUAUUCUGUUCAGAACUUUCUUUAGACUAAAAAAAAAAAAAAGAUAAAAUACAUGUUGACCAUGGAUUUUA